CUUUCCUUUGUACAUUUGUUUAUGGAUUUCUGUAAAGAUGUCAGAGACAAAGGCAGCUGCAGAGAAAAAAACAGAAGCAACAGAGGUGCAGUCAUUAUAAGAGCAGACUCACUCACUCACCCAUCCAGCACAUUAGAGAAAUAGAGAGGAGGUGGCAGAAAGCCAGAAAGCCAGAAAGCCAGAAGCAUCAUCAGACUAUCACACCCAUUACUAUUAUCCAUGCACAGGAGAAGAAUCUGCUACCACUCCCAACACAAAAAUUACUAUCACCCCACCCCCACCUAAACAAAAUUAAUCUCUCUUUACUUCAUUCAUUCUUUCUUUCUUUCUUUCAAAUCCUAUAUCUUCUUCCUCUUCUUCACCUCAUCACUAUUCACUCACACUCUUCCUUCUUUCUGUCAAACAAUGAUGAGUGCAACUGCAACUGCCAGAAAUAGGUCUCCUUUCACACCAUCUCAGUGGCAAGAGCUUGAGCAACAAGCUCUUGUUUUCAAAUACAUGGUCACAGGAACACCUAUCCCACCAGAUCUCAUCUACUCGAUUAAAAGAAGUCUAGACUCUUCAAUUUCUUCCAGACUCUUUCCACAUCAUCCAAUUGGGUGGGGAUGUUUUGAAAUGGGAUUUGGCAGAAAAGUAGACCCAGAGCCAGGAAGGUGCAGAAGAACAGAUGGCAAGAAAUGGAGAUGCUCGAAGGAAGCAUAUCCAGACUCAAAGUACUGUGAAAGACACAUGCACAGAGGCAGAAACCGUUCAAGAAAGCCUGUGGAAGUUUCUUCAGCAACAAGCACCGCCACUAACACCUCCCAAACAAUCCCAUCUUAUACCAGAAACCUUUCCUUGGCAAACCCCACCAUAACUUCACCCUCUUUCCCUUUCUCUCCUUUGCCCUCUUCUAUGCCCUGUGACUCCCAACCCUUUUCCCACUCCUACCAAAACCCUUCUCUCAAUCCCUUUUUCUAUGCCCAAUCAACCUCCUCUAGACCCCCAGAUUCUGAUUUUUCACCUCAAGAUGCCACUACCCACCAGCUAUUCAUGGACUCUGCUUCUUAUUCUCAUGAUGAGAAGGAUUACAGGCAUGUUCAUGGAAUAAGGGAAGAUGUGGAUGAGAGAGCUUUCUUCCCGGAAGCUUCAGGAUCAGCGAGGAACUAUUCUGACUCUUAUCAGCCGCUAUCAAUGAGCUCCUACAAGUCCUAUUCAAACUCCAGCUUUCAGAACAUCAAUGAUGCCACAAACCAAAGACAACAAGAGCAACAACACUGCUUUGUUUUGGGGACUGACUUCAAAUCAACGAGGCCAAGCAAAGAGAAAGAAGCUGAGACAACAAGCCAGAGACCCCUUCAUCGUUUCUUUGGGGAGUGGCCACCAAAGAACACAGAUUCCUGGCUAGAUCUUGCUUCCAACUCCAGAAUCCCAACCGAUGAAUGAUGUUUUUUCUUUUGUUAUUAUGAGCUGGUGGAUACGGCCAAGAGAGAGAGAGAGAGAGACUCCUUGAUAAAGAUCAGUUUUUUUGUGGCUGGGGUGAUUUUCUUUUACAAAAGGUGUGAUGUUAUUGUCUUAAGUGGGGGACCACAUUAGGAUUUGUGUCUUUGCUUUGCUAGAUAUUUAUAUAUGCUUCUUUCUUCCCCUUGAAGAAAAGUUAAAAAAAAAAAAAAAAAAAAAAAAAAACAUGUCUCAGAUUUGCACACUAUGUUGUUUGACUGGAAAGCAUAUUAAGUUGCUCUGCAGUCUGCUUUAUAAUGGGUAGUAGCAAGGACAAUUCAAAUAAGCUCUGAUGUUUGUGUUUCUUCUGAACCUUGUUAUGUGCAUGGACCCAGUAGUAGGGAUCAUGUGCAAUGAAUAUUUGCAUACAUUAUCACCACUAUUAGGAUUAUUAGGGAGGACACUUUCCAACAACAACAACAAUCAAAUUCUCUCUUACUCUUCUAAUGAACUUGCAGAUUCAUAUCA